UAAUUAAAACCAAAAAAAAAAAAAAUGACCACGUCGUUUGCUCAAUUAUUUCGUCAUUCACGACUUGCUACCUAUGAUCGUGGAAUUCAACAAGUGUAUACAACACCCAUGAAGCAGAAACAAAUUGGCAACUGGGGCUUAAAACGUAAUUUACCUACCGUGAUCCGCACCAAACAUCUCACAGUCGGCGCCUUGGAUACGUCUGAACAUCAAACACCUUGGGAGUCUGGUGAGAGCCAAGUGUUAUUUGUCAAGCGUUGGAAGGAAAAUUUCCCCAACUCUCACCCACCUGCUCCUCGCUCUGAAGAGAUCUUACACAACAUUGCCAGUAUGACCCCUGCCGAAUUCAACCGAUUCCUUCGUCAUUCACAAAAGAAGGCUGCCGAGUUCCAAGAAGCAGUUGCCAAGAAGGAAAUGGUACCUGAACAAGUCUAUGAUUUCUUAUCUGUCAACUUUACCGAAGCCGAAAAUGAAAAGAUGAAUGGCGUGGUUGGCCCCACUUAUUCUGAACAUCAAGUAGGUUGGGAUUACCCCGUACAGGGACGUAUUUUGAACGCAGAUAGACAAGGAUAUGUGGUAGGUAUUGGUGGUGUUACUGCUACAUUACCUAAGCGUAGUGCAAUGGGUCUCCGUAACAGUGGUGAUCGUAGAGUACGUCCCUUCUACGUGCGUCAUGCUGAAAUGGAUGAACAAGGUAAACCCAAGGUCGAAGUCACAAUUCAUCCCAAGGGUUCAAGUUCAUCUAUCCCUCUCUUGAACAACUAUGAAAGCUUCGAUUCAACAACGUCACCCAACUACGACAACAGAAAGACACAACGUUAUAGUAAAUCAAAUAGAAAUAACACAAAUAUGUCUGCUGAUGAUAUGAUGCAAAUGAAAUCACAUCGUCGUCCACAAGGCCCUGAAUCCGAGGAUAAUAUCACACCUAACCCUGAACAUACGGAUUUAAUGGCUCGUAUUGCGGGUUUAUUACAAAAUAGCAAACAUUAGAGAAAGAAAACGUAAUAAAACAAAUCAUAUAAACUGUACAUGAGAAACAAAUCUGUCUUUCGGGUCCUCUGUACACGCUUACACGCAUAAAA